CACUUCACUACUCACUCAAGCUCUCCCAAAACAAGUGAUUACAUACCCAUUCCAAGCUCAUCAUCCUCAGAGUGCAUUAUGGCUAGCUCGACCGCUAUGAAGCUUACUUUGGUCGCUCUCUUGUGCAUGGUGGUUGCUUUGCCCCUUGCCCAAGCCAUCACAUGCGGCCAAGUGACGAGCAACGUUUCACCUUGCCUAAACUACGUGAAGAAUGGCGGCGCUGUCCCUGCCGCUUGCUGCAGCGGAGUUGGAAACCUUAACGCCAUGGCCAAGACCACCCCUGACCGCCAGACCACCUGCAAUUGCCUCAAACAGCUUGCCGGUAGCACGAAAGGAAUCAACCCUGACCUUGCAGCUGGUGUUCCCGGCAAGUGUGGAGUUAACGUUCCGUUCAAGAUCAGCCCCUCCACCGACUGCGCCACCCUGAAGUGAUGAGCUAAUCGAUGGAAAGUGAACUUCCCAAGUGAUAGUAUAGAGCGUUAAAUAAAGCGUGGGUGAUUACAUCCACAGUGAUAGUAUUACCAAAAGACUCUAUAUGUCAUCUACUAGGUUAUAAACUAAUGAUCGAUGUAAUACUACUUAAUUUCUAUGAACUUACGCUCUUUGCCUUU